UUGGGACUGCAAUGAAAAGCACAACCUCUUCUGCCGUCAGGAAGACUUGGAAUGUUGAGGAUCACUCCGUGUGGGCACCAAAAAGAAAGUAACCAGUUUUCCUGGCUAAACGUGUUGUUGUAAUGUAUUUUUACAAAACAGUCAAACACUCUCCAAAGAUAAAUAACAGAUUUGCCGUUUAGUGAGAGACUUGGUGUCUUGUUAGUAUGUGUCACAAUUCCGACGGCCCCUGAAGGCAGCGUGCGACUCUCCUCACCCGGCUUGAUAAAGAGACGCUCAGCUGGUCUGAGGCCAGUUUGGAAGUCUGUUUUAACUUAUGGUGAAGCUCACAACGCUUCCACCUCUUUCAAUUGAUUUGCCAAAAAAACUUUGUCAGUCUAUUCACGAGGAAAUAAUGAAGAGGUUUGGUGUCAUAAGUGGAUUGUUGCUGAUUGUUUUGCAGCUUCAGAUCAGCUUCGUCAAGCCAGAGUCUGCUUUUGACUUUGUGUCUGGACUCUCAGAUUUGAGGCACCCUGACACGCAGACACAAUCUACUGCUGAGAAAACACCACAUGGACUCCCCAAGAGGAAGACCAGGGGGAGGAGGUGGCCAUCCAGGCCCAGGUCCGAUGCCCACGGCUGGACUGCGUCCCAGGAUCCCAGAGGCCUCUACAGAGACCAGCACUGGCCUGAGGACUUGGACCCUGACCUGAUGUUGGAGGAGGGACAUGACAACUCCACGCAGAUUGUGAACAUGGAUCACGCUUACUACACGUCUAAAAUUUUGGGCCUGGAAGAAGCAGGUGGCACAGACGUGUGGGUCAACACAGAGGAGAAGGACGAGGACAUGUGGAAAGCUCACGGCUUCCUAUCCAGCACGCACCGCCAAGCCGAGAGAGUCAGUCUUUCCUUUGACUUUCCUUUCUAUGGUCACGCGCUGAAGGAAGUCACCGUGGCAAGUGGAGGCUUUAUUUAUACUGGAGACAUAAUCCACCGCAUGCUGACAGCCACUCAGUACAUCGCUCCUCUCAUGGCGAACUUUGACCCCAGCGUCUCCAAGAACUCUUCUGUCUUUUACUUUGACAAUGGCACUGCUCUGGUGGUCCAGUGGACCCGCCUCCACCUGCAGGAUGACAUCCAAUCAGGAACGUUCACCUUCCAAGCUGCCCUGCACAGCGACGGACGCAUCGUGUUCGCCUACAAAGAGAUUCCUAUUGACAUCAGUGACAUCAGCAGUGAGAAUCAUCCUGUCAAAGUCGGCCUGUCGGACGCUUUUGUGGUGCUUCACAAGAUUGAGCAGAUCCCCAAUGUCCGAAGGAGGACCAUCUAUGAGUACCACAAAGUGGACAUUCUAAAGUCCAAAAUCUGCAAUUCUACCACUGUAGAGAUGCUACCUCUCCCAACGUGUCUGCAGUUCUCCAGCUGUGCUCCGUGUGUCACUUCUCAGAUUGCCUUCAACUGCAGCUGGUGCUCCCGUCUGCAGAGAUGCUCCAGUGGCUUUGACCGGAAACGGCAGGACUGGGUGGACCAGGGCUGCCAGGAGGAGAGACGAGACCCACGUUGUUUACGAGAACCCGAAGCCACAGAUGGAACACCGCGCCUCCUCCUCGCGGCCACGCCCACUCCAGCUGCUGGGACCUCAUCCCAGAGGACCUCCAGUGUGACCUCCAUCUUUCCCAGCAGGAAGUCCACCACUGAGAACAAGCCGACACACCGUAGCAGCUGCAGCAGCAAGGAAGAGACGUCCACUCCUUGGUCUUCCAUCAGCCAACCUGCAGCAGACGACGACGACAACAUGAGCCAGCGAGAACAGGUUGGGCUGCUGGCGGCCAUUGUUACAGUGACGGUGGUCAUGGCGGCGGUCGUCCUUGUGUCCGUCUACAUGUACAACCACCCCACGUCCAGUGCCAGCCUCUUCUUCAUGGAGCACCGCCCGGCCCGUUGGCCCACCAUGAAGUUCCGACGGGGUUCGGGUCACCCGUCCUACGCCGAGGUGGAGACUCCCGGACAACAGGACAAAGACAGCGUGGCGGUCAUCGACCCCAAACAAUCUUUUGUCAUGUUGAUCAGGCGAGAGAGCGACCAAAAGGAAGGAUUCAUCGUUCCUGACCCGAGGGAGUGCUUCCUCGGCCAGGAGAACUCCUGACCAAGACUACAUCUCCUAGAAUGCAUUGGGACUUUUCUCUCCUUAUGCCAAACGUGAGUGUGCAGAGAGGAAAUCAUUGAUGCCUCCAUGAGGAAACCGGUGGAUUUUUAUGCGACUUCAUGUUGGUGUUUGCUCGGGAAGCCAGUGGACUGCUUUAACGUGUUUGUCAAGGCAAACACUGCGAGAGAAAAACAUCUUGUUUUGACUGUGCUCAGGUUGUUUGCUCAUGUUUACGGCAGCGAGAGUCCACGACGCUGCUGCUGCUGCUGCACGGAGGCUAUUUUCUCGCCAAGAUCGCUGUUAUGUGUCAGUGGCCAGAAAAUUUCCUUACAAGGCGGAAUGUCUUCGCCGGGUGCCAUUUCCUCUUUUCAAAAAUACAGACUAAAUUCCUCAGUGAUGCCCCCCGCCAUUCAUGUGCAGGGCAAAUACGGUUCACAAGGUCAUGAGCGGCAAUCAUCCUCAUGCUUUCAUUCUUUAUUUUCUGUACCUCAUACAAGCAACAACAUAUCUAUUGAUUACGUUGCUGUAUAAAUACUGUAUGUAAACUACUGUAUUAUAAAUGGUCAAGAAUAUAUUAUUCAUACAAUAAUGUAUCGUUUUGGUAGGAUUUGUCUGGCUGCACUGCGAUUUUUUUCCCCAGAAAGUUGUCGU